AUUAUAUGUGAAUCAGCUGUUGCUGCUGUAAUUUGGGGAAUGCAAAUGAAAUAUUUAGAAAUAGAAUAGAUAAGAGCAUCGAUUGAUCAUGGAAGUUGUAUUCCCGCGUUAUUUGGAAGCACACAUCAUUAUCAUAUGUCAACAACUGCUCUGCCAGCAGAUAAGCCAUCGAUAGCGCUCCCAUGUAAACCAGAGAUUUGCAAACACGUGCGCUCUUACGGAGGCUGACGGAAUUCUCACAUUGUUUACGUAAACAGCUGAAAAGCCCGCCAUGGAGGAGGUGGAGAUCGCCCCCGGAGAUAAAUCCAAUCCUGUAAAGUCCUUUAUCGCAGGUGGAGUGGGUGGUAUGUGCAAUGUGCUCGUCGGUUAUCCCUUGGACACAAUAAAGGUUCGCCUUCAAACCAUGCCCACCCCCUUUCCCGGACAACCCCCCCGCUACAAGGGAGUUAUAGAUUGUACUGCCCGAAUCUUUCGGCAAGAGGGAUUACGCGGAUUCUACAGAGGAAUAUCUGCUCCCCUGGUGGGAGUAACUCCCAUCUACGCCGUGGACUUUGCUGUCUAUGCGGCUGGCAAAAGAUUGUUCCAAACGGACGACCACAUAAAGCUCACCUAUCCGCAGAUCUUCGUCGCCGGAGCCUUGGCUGGAGUUUGUUCCGCUCUCGUCACGGUGCCCAGCGAUCGGAUUAAGGUCCUCCUUCAGACGCAAACCGUGUCCAGUGGACCACUACUUUACAAUGGCACCAUGGACACAGCCGCGAAGCUUUAUAGGCAGGGUGGAAUCAGAAGCCUCUUCAAAGGAACCUGUGCCUGCAUUUUGAGAGAUUCGCCCACCGGAUUUUAUUUUGUAACCUAUGAAUUCCUGCAGGAGUUGGCCAGAAAUAAGUCCAAAACAGGACAAAUAAGCACAACAUCAACUAUUCUGUCUGGCGGAACGGCUGGUAUUGUGUUUUGGACUUUGGCCGUCCCCUUCGAUGUACUUAAAAGCCGUCUACAGUCAGCACCUGAGGGCACUUACAAGCACGGCAUCAGAAGCGUUUUCAGAAAGCUAAUGGCUACAGAAGGUCCCAAAGCUCUAUUUCGCGGAAUUCUCCCAAUUUUACUACGUGCCUUUCCCUCCACAGCCGCAGUUUUCUUCGGCGUGGAGCUAACCAACGAUUUGUUGAAGGCUUAGAGUUAGGCCUAAGUAUUUGUGUUUAGAUGAGGCUGUUUAUUUAAUUAAAUAUUGUUAUUAAAGUGAUAAUCUUUGUUAUAAUUGAACACUGAA